CAAUCCUUAACCUGCUAAACAACUCUCUCUCUCUCUCUCUCUCUCUCUCUCUCUCUCUCUCUCAUACAUAUAUACACCAAACAUCAUUCCACAGACCCCACCUCUUCAAAUUCAAUAAUUUCAUUCCACCACAAUCACCAUCACAACCGACCUAUUAUCAUUCACAAAGAACUCAUUUGAUUUAGGAAGUCCUCAACUGACAUGGGUACAGAUAGCUGGUUAUUGCUAGGCCGGCUAAAGAGAGCCGUCAAGAAAAUAACAUUCCUUCUAAACAUAAACGUCAACCGAUUCCGAAUUGCUUCGAUGAUCACGGGUCGCGCUGACAAGCGACGGGUGAGCUUCAACGACAGGCCUGGCCUGAGUGCGUGCACAGAGGAUUUAGAGCUUUUGGAUUCGCCAGCCGCCGGAUCUUCGCGGGGUGGUGGGAUUUCAAGAACCACCAGUUUACAGUCGUCGGAGGAUGAUAUUGACAAGAGAGCUGAGAUGUUUAUAGCCAACUUCUAUAGGCAGCUACGGCUUGAAAGGCAAGUUUCCUUGCAGCUGAGAUAUUGCAGGGAGGAUAGCUUUGACUCUGCCUCUCCCACUCCUAGAUAAUUUCAAUUGCACUUUUGUGGAGUUAAAAUAUGCAAUAAGGGGUAUUUUGAUUUGGAACGAAGGGUCGUGAUUGAUAUCAUUAUGUAUGAUAAUUUUGUUUGUCCGCAACACGAAUGUUUUUUUUGGUUGAUGGGAGAAGAUGGAAAAUCUUGGGCAGAGCAUGGCUACAAAACUUCAGCGAUAAUUGAUCGAAGAAUUGGAGUUUUAGGUGAUGGAUUGAUCUGGGUUUUAUCAGUGGAUCUCCAUAGCAAAUCUGCAAUAAUUGUUUGGUUUUAUUUUUAUUUUUUUCGCUUCUUGGCUGUUAUGAUUGAUUGCCAACAUUCAUUUAUUUGUAUGUACUAGUAAUUUGAUUUUGACCCGUUUUUUCCGGGUGUCUUACCUUUUUGUGUGUGGUGGAUUUGGUUUGAGAUGGUUCGAUCCCAAUGCUUGAUUGAUUUUUCUAGUUGGUUAUAUUUGAUAUUAAAAGUUGUAUUUGUGUAAAUGAAAUGAAAUGGGAUUUCUAGAUUUUGCGUUUGGAGUA